AUGAAAUUGGGUUCUCUGAAUAACAGUCCAGUUACUCAUCUCGAGCCAUCUUAUAUAAAAAAAACUACAACUGUAAAAUACAAUAGUAAUAAAGUAAUUAUAUUAAUUAAAUAUGUAAUAAAUCCUAAAAUAGAAAAAAAAAUAACAAUUUUGAUAGGACAAUUAGAAACCAAAUGGAGUCAAAUCGAGUUUGCAGAAUUUUCAAAAAUUAUUAUUCAGCCACAUUUUCUUAAAAAAAAUAAAAAAAACAAUAAAAACUAUAAAAAAAAAAUUAUUUAUCAAAAAAUUAGUCUUGUGGUGGUUUAUUUUUCAAUGACACCUUAG